CCGCAAAAUGUCCGCCCUCCUCUUCGACCGCCAUUAUCGUUUCAUCAAUGGCUAAGUAAAGUGUAAUUAAUUUUUCUCCUCGGCUCAACGCAUUGUCAAAAUGUCAGUUUAGCACGUCAAGUUUUUGCACACGCAAGUGUGCCACACACCGUUCAAAAUGCAAGCCAAAAUGGCACUUCUUACGCCCACCGCCGCCGUAAUCCUUUCGGCUGAAGAAAUCAACUUAAACAAUCUUUCAAAUUUGAACAGCGAACAACGAAAUGAGUUGUACGCCGUUCAUCAUCGAAAAGGAAGAGCCAUUGUCACCUCUCAGUAGUGAAGAGGUGUCAUGGCUCUCCGACGACACAUUCUAUCAAACACCAACGGACCACGAAAACAUCAAAUUCGAACAUGAUUUUGUCCCUUGUUGCGAAACGAAAGCGGAAGUCGCCUCGCUCAUGCUUGAAAACCUCGAAAAUUUGAUCAAUCUGGACGAACUCAUCAAGGAGGAACCAUCAUUCCUCCUCGACGAGAAAAUCCUCCCAAAUAUUCUGGACGAUGUGGACCAAACCCGUGUUAUACUCCCCCCACCUCCUACAAAAUUGGAGUACGUCACCAAUACCGACACCCAAUUCCUGCUCAAAGAAUUCGAGAAUGUCUAUGACGUUGUUGAACUCACCCAUGAAACUCUCACCCCGCCUCAGAGCCCCCCUCAUGAAUAUAAAAUCCUGACGACUUUGGAGCCGCUCCUCCAGAGUGAGAAAGCACCCCUUUUGGCGUACCCCACGGUGAUGACGCCCCAGCCCGACAUCGCGCACGAGUUGGCCGUUGUUGACGAGUUGGUGCGCACCCGCGUGGAGGACAUGCAAUGGAGCAGUGGCCCCUCGUCGCCGAGCGGAAGUAGCAAUUUCGGGGAUUGCUCCUCGGAUGACCCCGAAUGGAUGCCCGAGCCGGUGGAGAACUACGAUGGAGUUGUCUCGCCGAAGCAAGGAAGGAAGAGGGCGAAGCCCUAUUCGCGUACCUCGCCCGUUGAUAAAAAAUCAAGGAAGAAGGAGCAAAAUAAGAAUGCUGCGACGAGGUACCGUAUGAAGAAGAAAGCCGAAGUCGAGGUGAUUCUAUCAGAAGAGAAGCAAUUGACCAUGAAGAAUGAAGAGUUGGAUACGAAGAUUAACGAUCUUCAACGGGAAAUCAAGUACUUGAAGGGGCUCAUGCGCGAUCUAUUUAAAGCAAAGGGACUUAUCAACUAACAAACACAAUUGGCAACACUAAUUUUAGCUACUAUGUUUUUCCCCUAGGUUACGUAAUGUUUGAUAGCUUGUUUGUUGUCCAAGAAAGUUGUUUAAGUGUUGUUUAGCUUAAGUUUUACUAGUAGUUUUUGUAUCAUUGGGGCUGUGCCCCAAUAUUUUUAUUGCUUGCUCAUUUAUGUCUUAACACUUGUAGUUUUACUUGGAGUACUAACUAAUAAAGGAUCAUUUUUAGGUGGG